AUCGGUGUGUUGUCGCUAGCGGCUCAAAUUGCUCAGUCAUUCUGUUAUUCCGUGAGAACCAUUCGGCUGUGAAAUGAGGGUUUUGUUUUUAUUUAUUUUCGCGGCGUUGUCGCUCACCAGCGACGCUCUGGUUCGGAUUCCCUUAAAGAAAUUCCGUUCCAUCAGACGCGAGUUGACGGACUCUGGGAAAAGAAUAGAGGAGCUUCUUGGUGACAAACACUCUAUUAAGUACAACCUUGGCUUCCCAUCCAGUAAUGAUCCCACUCCAGAAACCCUAAAGAACUAUCUUGAUGCCCAGUAUUAUGGAGAGAUUGGUCUUGGUACUCCUCCUCAGCCCUUCACUGUGGUGUUUGACACAGGUUCCUCCAACCUGUGGGUUCCUUCCAUUCACUGCUCCUUGUCAGACAUUGCAUGCUUGUUGCACCAUAAAUAUAAUUCUGCCAAAUCGAGCACAUAUGUGAAGAAUGGUACUGACUUUUCCAUCCAAUAUGGAACGGGGAGUUUGUCGGGGUACCUCAGUCAAGACACAUGCACAAUUGGAGACCUUGCAGUAGAUAAACAAACUUUCGGGGAGGCCAUCAAGCAGCCAGGAGUGGUGUUCAUUGCAGCCAAGUUUGAUGGCAUUCUCGGCAUGGCCUACCCAAGCAUUUCCGUGGAUGGGGUGGAACCAGUGUUUGACAACAUCAUGCGCCAGAAGCUGGUUGAGAAGAACCUAUUCUCCUUCUACCUGAACAGGGACCCAGAAUCUGAGCCUGGUGGUGAACUUCUGCUGGGAGGAAUGGAUCCAAAGUACUACACUGGUGACAUCCACUACGUCAGCGUCACCCGGCAGGCAUACUGGCAGAUCCACAUGCAUGGGAUGGUGGUGGGCAGUCAGUUGAGCCUGUGUAAAGGAGGCUGUGAGGCCAUUGUGGAUACUGGGACGUCUCUGAUCGCUGGGCCCUCUGCUGAGGUCACUGCCCUCCAGAAGGCCAUCGGAGCCAUCCCACUCAUCCAGGGACAGUAUAUGGUGAAGUGUGACAAGGUUCCAACGCUGCCCAUCAUCACCUUCAACAUGGAUGGACAGGCCUACACUCUGACCGGAGAGCAGUACAUCCUCAAGGAGUCCCAGGGUGGACAGACCAUUUGUCUGAGUGGCUUCAUUGGCCUGGACAUCCCUGCCCCGGCCGGCCCCCUGUGGAUUCUAGGAGACGUGUUCAUUGGCCAGUAUUACACCAUCUUUGACAGAGAAAACAACAGGGUCGGCUUUGCCAAGUCCAAAUAAUCAGAAGUAGCAAAAGGAGCCAAGUUGGAUGGCCAAGUCGCCGGUGUUGCACAUGCCUGUUGCUUUUCAAUCAUUCACUAUUUAGCAAUAGACCCAAAAUGCACUGAUGGAGCAAUGUUCAAUAUUUUACAAUGCAAGACAUCUUACAGGUUGGAGACUUGAUUUAUUGUAAUGUAUCAUCAAGAAUCUGCUGAAUGCACAG